GCGGCGCGAGCCCCCGAGUUCAGCCGGCUCUCUCCGCUGCGGCCCAUCGGGGAUUCCUUUCACCGCCUUUCCACUCGGCCCAGAUCUAGGCGACCCCCGACUUCCAUCUUCAUGGUGUCGCUUCUGUGCUGUGGGCCCAAGCUGGCCGCCUGCGGCAUCGUCCUCAGCGCCUGGGGAGUGAUCAUGUUGAUAAUGCUGGGAAUCUUCUUUAACGUCCAUUCCGCUGUGCUGAUUGAGGACGUUCCCUUCACGGAGAAAGAUUUUGAGAAUGGCCCCCAGAACAUAUACGAUCUUUACGAGCAAGUCAGCUACAACUGCUUCAUCGCUGCGGGCCUUUACCUCCUCCUCGGAGGCUUCUCUUUCUGCCAAGUUCGGCUCAAUAAGCGCAAGGAAUACAUGGUGCGCUAGAGCACGGCCGCACUGACCCUCUGCAGUCCCCUCUUCUAUUUAAAGACUCUCCCCGCCGCCUACUGACCCUCAUUCUGGGGCCCAGCCCCAGUGGAGGGAGGCUGGGGCUGGCUGUCACUGUCCCUCCAGCCCCCUCGCCUUUUCCCAAAAUACAAUAAAGAGAAGCUGCUCGCUGAA